AUGACUGCCAACAGAUCCUCUGAUAACUGUCACACCUUCGCUUACACAGAAAGUGAAAUUCAGCGAAUUGUAGCAGAGGCAGAACAAGAUUUAGAAGCACAGAAAGAAUUAUGCUUCAAGAAAGAUCCCGCAAAGGACUUGCUUAACUUACAAAGAAAAGAGAUUGCUGCAUAUCGAGUUGAAUUGACGGCCAAAAUUGGAGUCGAGGAGGCGGAGCGACUGAUGACACGUCAUAAUGAGAACCUGGACAAGCUUCGCCAGACUAUACUGGCGCGGAAAGUAACAAAAUUUGAAAGAGAUGAGGAAGACUACGCGAAGGAGCGUGUCUAUACUUGGCGUCAGGACCGAACGUGGCAGCGCUCUGAUGGGAGCUCCCAAAGGACCGGACUGCCAGGCCAGCGACGCUACAAGACCUCGUGGCGAGAGAGACGCAACUCUGCAGCAUUCACGAGCAGUGAAGAGGAAGCCUCCAACAACACGCAGCAGCAGCAGCCUUUUUUAGGCGCACACACAGGGGCAGGAGACACAGGAGGACCAGGACAACUCAGCAACCCCAGGAUCCCCAUCGACAGGGAUCAGUAUCCGAAGAGAAACAGACGGUUCCCGAGACGUGGAAUGUGAAUAAUGAAAAUUAUCUUGAAUAUACAAUUUAUUGUCACAAAUAUCUGCAAAGUAUUGGUAAGAUUUUAACUUCUUGUUCUGAUUAUUUUAAUGUUCAUUAUGUGUCUGGUUAUUUGGAUACAAGUAACAAUUUUGUUAGUGUACAAAUGUGUGGUAGACUUUAAAUAAGUAGUACCACCAGGUUCCAAAUACUGAUUUUUUGUUUCCUAUAGGUUGUGGAAAUUUUGCACAUUUGGAUACAAUGUUUUAUUGGACAUUUUUCUAUAGUUCUUAUACCUUUUUAUACUUGGACUUUGGAACAUUUGGGCCUUUGAUGUCACUUUAAUCACAUGUGGACACUUAAGCUGAACAUUGUUGCAAUUUGUAUUUCAUCCCUGAUUGGAUGUAGUCAAAGAAGGGGAUGGAGGGGGUGUGUAUAAAAUGUCUUUGUGUAUCUGGUUUUGUUGCACUUGAGAAAGGGCAAUUGUUAGCCCGAAACAUGUCGUGUACAGCAGCUUUAAAAUAAAUAUCAGCCACUAGCAGUUAAUCUGCGUCUGUAGUGCUCUCCUCUUCUACAAUUUAUUACAGAUAUAACAGAUGGUCGGUACAUCUACUUCUAGAGGAUAGAAGCACUCAUUUACUGAUUGGAAUUGGCUGAGCGCAGUUUCAUCUAAUCUAUACA